CCAGCGCCAUGGCGUCGCCGGGAGCUUUCGACCGCAGCGUCCCGGCCACCAAGAUCGAGAUAACCGUGUCCUGCCGGAACCUGCUGGAUCUCGAUACCUUUUCCAAAUCUGAUCCCGUGGUGGUGCUGUUCGCGCAGAGCAGGGCCAGCCAGGAGUGGAGGGAGUUCGGCCGGACGGAGGUGAUCGACAACACGCUCAACCCGGACUUCGUGCGCAAAUUCGUCCUGGAUUACUUCUUCGAAGAGAAGCAGAACCUGCGCUUCGAUGUGUACAACGUGGAUUCUAAAACCAACAUCUCCAAACCGAAGGACUUCCUUGGGCAGGCGUUCCUGGCCCUGGGCGAGGUGAUCGGAGGGCAGGGCAGCCGCGUGGAGCGGCCCCUCACCAGGGGCAUUCCAGGGAAGAAAUGUGGGACAAUCCUCCUAACCGCUGAGGAGCUCAGCAAUUGUCGGGAUAUCGCCACGAUGCAGCUCUGUGCCAACAAACUGGACAAGAAGGAUUUCUUUGGGAAGUCGGACCCCUUCCUCGUCUUCUAUCGGAGCAACGAGGAUGGCACGUUCACCAUUUGUCACAAGACCGAAGUGGUGAAGAACACACUGAACCCCGUGUGGCAGCCCUUCCAAAUUCCCGUCCGGGCACUCUGCAAUGGUGACUAUGACAGGACUGUGAAGAUAGACGUGUAUGACUGGGACCGAGAUGGGAGUCAUGACUUCAUUGGAGAGUUCACGACCAGUUACCGGGAGCUGACCCGAGCCCAGAGCCAAUUUACAGUGUAUGAGGUUCUUAACCCUCGGAAGAAAUGUAAGAAGAAGAAAUAUGUCAAUUCCGGGACGGUGACACUGCUGUCUUUCACUGUGGACUCCGAGUUCACCUUCGUAGAUUACAUCAAGGGCGGGACCCAGUUGAACUUCACAGUGGCCAUAGACUUCACUGCCUCCAAUGGGAACCCCCUGCAGCCCACCUCCCUGCACUACAUGAGCCCGUACCAGCUCAGUGCCUAUGCCAUGGCACUCAAGGCCGUCGGGGAGAUCAUCCAGGACUAUGACAGCGACAAGCUCUUCCCAGCCUACGGCUUUGGAGCCAAGCUGCCCCCUGAGGGCCGGAUUUCCCAUCAGUUCCCGCUGAACAACGAUUCCGAGAAUCCCAACUGCGAAGGCAUCGAGGGGGUCCUGGAGAGCUACUUCCAGAGCCUGAGGACUGUUCAGCUCUAUGGUCCCACCUAUUUCGCCCCAGUCAUCAACCAGGUGGCCCGGGCAGCGGCGCAGGUCUCGGAUGGGUCCCAGUACUACGUGCUCCUCAUCAUCACGGAUGGGGUCAUCUCAGACAUGACGCAGACCAAGGAGGCCAUUGUCAGUGCUUCCUCAUUGCCCAUGUCCAUCAUCAUUGUGGGAGUGGGGCCUGCUAUGUUUGAAGCGAUGGAAGAGUUGGACGGGGACGAUGUGCGGGUGUCCUCCCGCGGCCGCUACGCAGAGAGGGACAUCGUGCAGUUUGUCCCUUUUCGUGACUACAUAGACCGUUCCGGGAACCAAGUGCUGAGCAUGGCCCGGCUAGCCAAGGAUGUGCUGGCUGAGAUCCCCGAGCAGCUGCUGUCCUACAUGCGCAGCCGGGACAUCAAGCCACGGCCCGCCCCGGUCUCUGGCCCCUGCUCUGCCUCCCUGAAGCCUUGAGCCCCCUCUGCCCCCUGCCCCCUCUGCUUCCCGCACAUAGUCACUAGUGGGCCCAGCCUGGCCUGGCCCAGCCCAACCCAACCCAGCUCUAGCAAUGAACCUGUGGAGGGAAGACCGUCCUUGCACUGAGCUGCAGUGGUGACCCCCCUGCCCCUAGCUGGCAGGGCCAGCCCAGCUGGACAAGACCUGCCCGAUCCAGGAUGGCCAAGAGAGAGACCGUGGCAGGAAUAGAAGAUGGAUCCAGCUGAAGCCAUUGUGUUCUCAUGCCAAUAAUAAAUCUAAGCUU